AUGUCUGUCGAGGAAGGCUCGGGGCAGCCACCUACUGCGGGCGCCGACAAAGCGCAGCCCGCCAAACCAGCAGCCGCCGCCUUUACCAGCUCCUUCAUCAACAAGAACACGACUGGCAAGAAGUUCGCGCCCAAGGCUGCCCGACGAAGGCCCGGCGCAGCACCUCCAGCUCCCGCUCCAGCACCCAAGUCCAAUGCGCCAGAGAUAGAGCCAGCGCCGCCAACUGUCGACGCGCAAACCACAGCAACUGUGCCCGAGUCGUCCAACGCACCCAGUGAAACCGCAGCCCCAGCACAAUUGCCCACUCCUGCCGCGACUCAAGAGCCCAUCACAGAACAUGUUCCUCAAGCAACACCGCAAGCUCCCGAAGCUGCGACCGCCCCGACCCCCACGCCAGCACCCUCGAACCAAGACCCCCCAGCGACAGACGAGCCAUUCACAGCAACCUCCCCCGCGCUGCAACCCGCCGAGGUAAAUCAAAAUGAAGCAGACACAGGCAGGGCAGUCAAGAGACGCCGCAUGGAACCUCCUGCGCGCCAGAGACUUGUCGUAGAAUCUUCGCAGCCAGCACAGUCAGAAGUGGAGGGAGAAGCCACGGAGUGUGCCACACAACCAGCAGACACAGAUGCACCACAGCCAGCUUUGGAAGAAGCUGCUGCCUCUCGGCCCCGCAAGCGGAGAGUCUUGCCAUGGGUAGCUGUUAAUCGGCCACAACAAGUCCAAGAGGAGGACGAGCCCGUACCCGCUCCCGCUACCGUCCCCGCUAAGAGAACACGCAAACCGCCGAAGCCCAGAGGCACGGAAAACACCGCAGCGACCGCAGAAGAACAAGAGGCUGGGAAGGGGGAGAGCGUCGAGGACGCCGAGGCUCUACCAGUGCAACAGCGUCCCAGCGCCACAGGUCGAAGCAAGCGCAGGGCAAACGCGGCUGGCGAAGAUGACGGCUCCCAAGCACCCACUCAAGGGGCAAGAGCACGCAGACCCCGGAAAGUUAAGAGCAGUGCGACAGUGCACGACACAGACGAGGAAGAGGCGGCCGGGGAUGCAGCAGAAGGCCAUGCAAGAGGAGAUGGGGAGCCCGUAGCACGUCGGCCGCCAAAGCCCCGUCAGCCCAAGCGGAAGCGAAAGGCAGUCACAGAGGGCGGCACUGAGGGAGAGCAAGAUGCAGCACAGCCCAAGCGAAAGGGCCGCCCACCUCGAGAGUCCACCCCAUCAGACGCCGAGGAACAAGAAAUCGACCCCGAAAAUACCUUCAUGGACACUCUAGCGUCCCGCAAUAUUCGCGUUGGCAAGUUGUCUGCUCGCGAGAAGGCAAUGCGCGCGAUCAAUUGGGAAGAUAUCAAGCAACGCCGAAGAGAGGAAGACACCCGGAAGGUCACUUCGAGAGCGGAAUUGGAGGCUGCGGAAAAGCUCCAAAUCGAAGAAGCUCCUGCAAUCGAGGGUCCUCGCUAUAUCACGAUCGAUGGACAGAUCCAGGUCCUCCAAUCAUCCACAACGCUAAACAGAGAAGCUGACGCGGAUCGCGAAAUCGAGAACUACGAAGUCGUGGAAGAGCGGAGUCUUACCACCCGCAUCACAUCGCGUAGUUUUUUGAAGAACAACAAACGCUUCCCAAACGACUUCAUACUGCCUGGUCAAGGCAAGCGCUGGUCGGCCGCCGAUACAGAACUUUUCUACGAGGGCUUGCAACAUUUUGGCACGGACUUUCAGAUGAUUUCGCACAUGUUCCCUGGCUCUACGCGGCGCUCCAUCAAGCUCAAAUUCACUCGAGAAGAGCGCGAUGACCCUGGGCGUGUGCGCGAAAUACUUCUGAGUCGCAGCACUAUAAAUACCAACUGGGAUGGCUUCAUUCAGGCUUCGCAAAUGGACGAAGAGAGAUUUGCCGAUGCAGACGAGAUCAAGCGUCAGCUGGCUGAAGAAGAAGCUGAAUUCCGAGCAAGAAUCGAUGCUGCAAAGGCGGAGACGUUGGAGCGUAAGAGGCAGCAGAAGGAGGCCGGGCUUCUGGAUGACGAGGACGAAAAUGGCGAUCCAACUAACAAGGAGAACGGCAAAGGCAAGAAGAAGAGGAAAGGCAAAGAGAAGCAGGUUACCUUCCAAGAAGAAGCGGGCGUGGAGAUACUGGGCAACGCCGAUGAUGAUGCGACUUGGGGCCAAGAGUAG